AAUGCAGCAGAAUACGAAAUAUGGAUGACGGAAGAAAAACCGAACAAGCCAUCGAAUUUAAAAAUGAUUAAAUGGUCAGAAUUACGAACAAGAAAAGUACCAAGAAGAUUAUUUUUGAAUCAAAAAAGUAUCAUAGUUGACGAAGACGUAACUGAGGCAAAUUUAGGAAUCACCGUUGCGUGCAUAUCACCUACUUCCAAACAAUUUUGGCUUAUUUGCCAAUCGAAAACGGGUGAUUUUAUUAUUCAAAUAAUUUCACGAUAUCAAUCAACGGUUAUUGAUCGUAUUGUGGUACAAUGGAAUAAUGAAAACAAAGAGUGUACCUGCACCGAUGGUUUGGGAUCGAAUGAGGAUUGUCCUUGUAAUGUUGAAGUUCUUAUACCAUCUCGGAAUAAUGAACUUUGGAACUGUAUAAGUCAUAUGUUUCAAAAAACCUUAGACAAUAAAGAACGUGCGUUCUGGUCUCGAUAUUUAAGUAAACAAACAACUAAAGUUCUAGUUUUUUAUCCAUUCAAUGAAAAUAUUAUAUUAUGACAAAGAUAAAUGAAGUAUUAAUUAUUAGAUACUUAUAUUGGACUGAGAUUAAUACACUGGCUCAUGGGUCAUAACGUUGAUAACACGGAUUUAGAAUUCGUGCAUAUAUUUAAUGCAAAAGUUACGUACUUUGUUUCUGCAUCUGAACAAAGUGAUCUUCUUCUGACACUACCAGAAACAUUUACUAUAAAUGGCAAGUAUACUCGCUUAAUCUUAAAUUGUUUCCCCUUUUCUUUUUAUUUAUUUAUUUUAAAUAUUGUAAAUGCUAAAGUAUUGAUUUUUUAAACUACUAUGUACGCAGAUGUUAGAUUAGCAAAUCAAUACGUUCCAAUGACCGUUCAUCUUUUACCAACUGAUUCACAAGUAUAUGAGACUACUUUAUCUUUGACUUCUGAAGAUGGUAAAGAAUUGCGACUUUAUGCAGUUAGUUUUUUGCAUGUUGAUUCAUGAGUGAGUACAUUAUAUAAAUACAAUUAACUUCGUUAGUUAUUGAUUAUACAUUCAAUUGAUUUUAUCGCUAAAAAUCUCUUCGUAAAAGAAAUUAGCAAGGUAUCUUUACUUAAACAUUAUUACGAAUGCAAGGAGACAGGAAUGAAUUAACGACAUAUCAUUUUGAUGAUGAUAAUGAUUUUUU